AACCAGCUGCUGCUUCAAAGAAUAAAGUUAAAGGCAGCCAAGGGCAGUUUCCACUAACACAGAAUGUAACGGUUGUUGAAGGUGGAACUGCAAUUUUGACCUGCAGGGUUGAUCAAAAUGAUAACACCUCCCUCCAGUGGUCAAAUCCAGCUCAACAGACUCUGUACUUUGAUGACAAGAAAGCUUUAAGGGACAAUAGGAUUGAGCUGGUUCGGGCUUCCUGGCAUGAAUUGAGUAUCAGCGUCAGUGAUGUGUCUCUCUCUGAUGAAGGACAGUACACCUGUUCUUUAUUUACAAUGCCUGUCAAAACUUCCAAGGCCUAUCUCACUGUUCUGGGUGUUCCUGAGAAGCCUCAGAUUAGCGGAUUUUCAUCACCAGUUAUGGAGGGAGACUUAAUGCAGCUGACUUGUAAAACAUCUGGUAGUAAACCUGCAGCUGAUAUAAGAUGGUUCAAAAAUGACAAAGAGAUUAAAGAUGUAAAAUAUUUAAAAGAAGAGGAUGCAAAUCGCAAGACCUUCACUGUCAGCAGCACGCUGGAUUUCCGAGUGGACCGGAGCGAUGACGGUGUGGCAGUAAUCUGCAGAGUAGACCACGAGUCCCUCAAUGCCACCCCUCAGGUGGCCAUGCAGGUGCUAGAAAUACACUACUUCUUUUCUACCACCAUGAAAGAAAAUGCAAAACCUGAGCAGCCCUAUACACCAUCAGUUAAGAUUAUACCAUCCACUCCUUUUCCACAAGAAGGACAGCCUUUAAUUUUGACCUGUGAAUCCAAAGGAAAACCACUGCCAGAACCUGUUUUGUGGACAAAGGAUGGUGGAGAAUUACCAGAUCCUGACCGAAUGGUUGUGAGUGGUAGGGAGCUAAACAUUCUUUUCCUGAACAAAACGGAUAAUGGUACAUAUCGCUGUGAAGCCACAAACACCAUUGGCCAAAGCAGUGCAGAGUAUGUUCUCAUUGUACAUGAUGUUCCCAACACUUUGCUUCCCACUACUAUCAUCCCCUCCCUUACCACUGCAACAGUCACAACCACUGUAGCCAUAACAACCAGCCCAACCACAUCUUCAACAACCAGCAGCAUAAGAGAUCCCAAUGCUCUGGCUGGCCAGACUGGCCCUGAUCAUGCUCUUAUAGGAGGAAUAGUGGCUGUAGUUGUAUUUGUUACACUGUGUUCUAUAUUUCUGCUGGGUCGAUAUCUGGCAAGACAUAAAGGAACAUACUUAACGAAUGAAGCUAAAGGAGCUGAAGAUGCACCAGAUGCUGACACAGCUAUUAUCAACGCUGAGGGCAGCCAAGUCAAUGCUGAAGAGAAAAAAGAAUACUUCAUUUAAGAUGCAGGCCAAGAUUCUGAGUUUUACUUACCAGGCUGGCUGCUGGAGAAAACUGGCUAUCAUCUUUCAGAAUUCAUUUCUACCAUCUUCUGCUACCUUAAUUAACUUCCAUACUGUACUGCUAUCAGUAGCCAGUGUAUACCAACAAUCAGCUGUCAAAAGCAUCAUUCUUUAAUUACUGUACCAUCCAUAAUGCAGGACAUUUCUUACUGCCUAAAUUCCACACCAUUUGCUCUUUUUAACAUACAGUGCUUGAAUAUACAGCCUUAACAAUGUUAAUCAUCUCCUUGGAUUGUUUUUAUAUACAUUGAAAAAAAUGUAUGCAGUUUUCUUUUCCCCUCAUUUUUUUUCCCCUUUAAAUCAUAGACCUUGUCAGUUUUCCACUGGACAUCUUUCACAAGGAACAGGAUUAGAAAGAGACCUAAUGUGCUUAAGUUUAAUCAGAGACUAGAGGUUUACAAUGUUUUCUACAAGUCUAUCUUUCAAGACAUGUCUGGAAACAUACACCCUUGAAAACACUAGAACAGGUUCUGGAAUGUUUGAGAUUAUGCUGGUGAAGCUGUAUCAGUUUGCUAUUUUAAAAUAUAGUGUUUGAUACAGGAGUCGUUUGUAUGAAUUACAUUCAUGAUGUGACAGCUUAUAUAAUUAUAUAAAUCCCACCAUUAGGUUAUUUUAGCUUCACUUUCCAAUAAAUUGUUACAAACAUUUUAAUGCUUUGGGAAUCACAAAGAUUUCAUUCACUUCUCUAAUGAUUCUGUAAUUUAUUUGCACCACAGGGACUCACCUGCCUAAACAAAAUUGAAGUAUCCAUAGGGCACAAUUUUGAGACAUUUAGUAUCUGUAUAUAGUGCAUAUAAUAAAUCCAAUUAAACAUUAUUUGAUACAUAUUUAACUUUUUUGGCUGUAGGUAAUUCAAUCAUAAGUAAGCAUUUUCUAAUGGCCAUUAUAUCCCUUUAGAUAUUACUUAAACCAAUAUUAUAAGUAGAUAACGUGUUAGUAUUUUUGUCUGUAUGUCCUAGCACUGUUCAACAAAUUUUUCUAGUUCUUGUUCAUUCUUAUUUGUUAUACAAUGGAAGCACAAUGUUAUAAGGAAAGGUAAUUUUAAGCUAACAACCAGUGCACAGCCUCAGGUUUUAAAUUACAACCACAGUUGAAUAAUAACCUAAAAAUAAACUAUUAGUUUGCUAAAAAUUUACAAAUUUUAAUUUGGCAGUUCCAGGGCUGCUUACCUAUGUUGGUUUGCCAAAAAGAAGUGUUAAAGAUAUGUUUUCUGUGUAAAUGAACUAAUUCUUUAUAUUAAAUUCCUGUCUAUGCAUUUUGUGAGGUACAAACUUAUGAAACAGUGAGUGAUAGAGAAUUUCUGCCAUGCUUUUAACUCCAAGGUGAAAGUCUCUUUCUCUGGAUUAUUUCUGAAAUUUUGGUGUAUUUAACCAUUAAGAAAUGCUGUAUUCUUAAAUAUGACAUAGAGUCAAUCUAAAGUCAUAUUAUUUCUUCAAGUAAAAUACAAUAUUGCUAGAUUAGUUAUCAUUAAAUUUAUUAUAUGCUAAAGAUUAAAAUCCAGUUAGAUAAAAAUUAUUUUCCCAUUUACAAGCAUUGCACCUUUAAGAAGAAAACAAAUGUGACAAUAUGGUGGCUAUACUUGUGAUGUCUGAAAGCAUGAUGAACCUAUGGUUUUAAAAUUAAUAUCUUGAAAUUUAUUUUUGGAAAAUGAGAACAGCUGAGUAUGACAUCAUGUAUUAGUAUCAAAUGAAAGACAAGGGUGCUGUAUCUUAGAUUAUUUAUCAGAAAAGUUAAACCUUUUAAAGACAACGUUAGAAUUUUAAAUGGUUUCUUUUUGAUUGUUGAAGCAUUUAUCUUGUUGAUUUCUUACAAAAGAAAAAGGACGAUGUCAGUCAAGCAGCACUUUUUCAGAAUAUACAGAACAUAAAUAAUAUGAUGUGGUUGAGUGUUAACAUAAUAAAUCAUAUACAGUAUGACAUUUUAAGGAAAUAAGUCUGCAUUGAUGUGAUUGCAUGCUUGUUUUUACAGUUCACUCCAUACCAUCUGUGGAAAAAUGCAAUAAUAUGUUAAUAUAGUAUGGUAGUUUGAGAGAAUCAGGUAGGUGCUACUAGACACAUUGAAAUUAGAAUAGGUUUAUAAACUGUUCAUAUCUUUCAAUGCAUAAUCUUUAGGAAGGCUCCACAAAGCAAAAUUCAUCCUGUUAGUACAAAAUGGAAAGGUUCUUAUUACAGAAGUAAGUUGUGUAAACUGCAUCAUCAAUUGCUAUUUAAAGCCUAAUUUCAGGAUAUACUUAACAAAAUUACUACUCUUCAUCGAUGCUGUAUUUACAUCCCUCUUCAUUUCUUCUAUAUUCUACUUGGCUCCAAAUGCUAGAUUGUUGCCUAAAUAACUCAAUCAUUAUUUAUAGCACUGUAAAAUUAGAAAUCCAAAAUUGGUUACAUUUCAAGAUUUUUGACUCUUUUAACCCCUUAGAGUAAAAUAAAAACUCAUUAGAACUCUUUAAAAGAAACUAACUGGUAUAUUAUGGUUUGUGGACACUAAUCAAAUUUUUGCCAGUUAAAAUAGAUAGGUUUGAAUUAGGUAUCAUAUUUAGUUACUGAAAUAAAACAAUGGAAUUAUAUUUUCCUAUCUUUAAAAUUUUUUUAUUUCCACCAAACAAGGAAAUAAAUUGUAAAAAUUCUGCUCAUUUCUAUAAAAAUCAGGACAAAAAUGAAAUAUUUGUAAACGCAAAUAUGUCAACUGCAGUGUCUGAAACGUGCACACUUGCAUGCACAGACAGCCAAAUUCUGUCUCUGCUUGGUGAGCACAGUAGCUACAGAAUUCAAUGGAAGGAGUGCACGCACACACGCGCACACACACACACACACACACACACAGACGCUUACAUCUUAGUAGAAUAUGAACCAGUUUUCUUUACCAAAUGUAGCUGUGCUCUUCCAGUGUACUGUUUACAGUGUAAAUUGAUUGUCCUCCAUCAAAAAAGUAUAAACAGCAUUUUUUUCCCCGUUUUCCAUUUUUUAGUGUCCUAGAUGGAAUGAUUAUCAAAAUUAGGGAGAAAAAGGGAAGUUUGUGAGUGCAAGAGCAAAGAGCAAGAGCAGUGUGUGUGUGUGUGUGUGUGUGUGUGUGUCUGUUUGAAAGAAAGAAUGAGAGAUUUCAACUUGUUUUCUUUUACCAGAGAAUCCAAGAAGCAGUUUAAGGAACCUGAUAUUGAAGUUUAAUCUAGAAACUGGAUGAACUCAUACUGACUCAAGAUGGUUAAUCUUGCAUUGAAACCCCACAAUUAAAAUAAGUAGAGAAAGAAAGCUAACUUCCCUAAAUAUGGCAAAGAAGUUAUCACCUCAUUUAUUUUUAUUUCUUUGUAAACAUAUAAAUAUCUCAGUUGAAAGGACAGGCUCACUUGUAAUUAUGUAUUCAUGAUUGUGUCAGCAUUGAGAUUCCGUGUAGGCACAUGUACAGCAGCUGUUCGACAGUAUUGGUUCUUCCAUGUGACAUACCAGUUAUGGUGUAAUUUAGUGCCACUUACUGCAAAGUGUUACCAAGGGGAACAUCUAAAAUACCUUUUUAUCUUUUGUUGGACAUAAGAAUUUAAUGAUAAAUAUGAAACUUCAUAUUACAUUUUUUGAUUGUGGAGAAAAUGCAAAAUCCCAUAUCUUACUGCAACCUCCCCAUCAUAUUGCCAAAUACUUAGAGCCCUCUAAAAAUGCCCAGUAUUAUCCUCCUUUGCAAAUGGUAAUCUGUGAUGAAUAUACAAAACAAAACAACAAAAUACAACUGGCAACCAGAGCUGUAAUAAAUGAAACACCCAAUGAGAAUUACUGAGUAAUGCUUUUUAUUAAGUGGCACAAAGUACACACUAAAAACUAUGCAAAAUAUAGGUAACUACAGUGUAUGUACAUGUAAGUAUCUUGUACUUGCUGUGUAUGGAUGUUGGAAACCCAUGUAAUUAUAAUAUGCAUUUUGAAUAUUGGGAAAGAGGAAAUCUUAGUGUAGAUAAUAGAAUUUGUUUUGAAAUAUACACUGGCAAUAUUGAAACAUACUCAGUGCAAUAUCUCUAUUGCUGGAUACUUAAUGCAAAGGGAUUUUAAAGAAUUCUUCAACAAGAUCCAAGACAUUGCUAAUCUUCACCUCCCACAUACUAAAGCACUAAUUAAAAAUACAACUGACUCAACAACAUGUUAAGUUUUUCUUAAUCAUUAAAGUGACAUGAUAAAAGUAUUUGGCCUAGUUUUUAAUAUUUCUGGAGAGAAAAAAAAGACCCUGAGUUUAAACUUUGAUUCAUAUCUAAUUGAAUUUGGAAUUCUUAAACUUUCUUUGAAAUGUCUUUAUGUUUUAAUGGAUGUGGUCAUUUUGUUGUAAGUACAAACUUAUUCAAUCGAAGAACAUAAGUUACCUUUUGUAAGUUACUAUAUCUUAAUAGGAAUUUUUUAUAUCUUUUUGUUUAUUUUUUUCCCUUUCUCUCCCUAUUCUACCCCAAACAUGCCCUUUGCUCUUAUACCCUUCCAAAGGCAAAGGAUUGAAAGUAGUAAGGUUAUAAAGAGAGCUAUAAGGGGGACGACUAUAUGGGUUCUAAACUCGUCAGCAUUUUUAUGUAUUGAGAUUAUUAAUAUUUAAUGCAAUAGUUAUUGGAUAUAGCUGGUAAGUUCUCUGCCAUGCAUACUUACAAUAAUCCUUCUACCUCUCACUUUUAACAUGGGCUAUGAUAUUUCAAUAUAAAUAGAAGAAAUAAUUAUUUACAAGAUAUCCCAGGAAGCACUCUUUUGGGACUAUCCUAACAGUCCAUUCCCCACCCCCUGGGAAAUCUCAAAGCCAACUUCUUUUACUGUACUCAACGGUGUAUGGAUCUGCAUUUGUUUUUUCCUUCUCUGUCAUUAAUUUUUCCUAUAGGCAAAAUAUGAUAACUUUCUAAGGGUAGUUCUCAUGCCUACUUAAUAUUUCAAUGUAAAAUAAUUGUGAUUAUUAAAAAAUAAUUUUAGUGGCAACACUUUGGAAUCCAACCUGACAUUUCAUUUAAUAUCUAAAUGCAACCAUUUCUUACAAAUCAAUAAUGUGCUUUUAAGUAAAAAUCAUGUAUAUGAUUUAUUUUCCCAAGAAUGUUACCUGUUCAAAAAAAAUUGCAUAUUUAAACUGCCUCCUUAUUAGCAAAUAAUGAUGAAUGCAAAGUAUUGCCACAAAUGCCCACUUUAUUAUGUCUGCAUUGACAAUAUGAAUUUUUCAAAUGAUGUAAUUUAAUUAUUCUAAAAGGAAAUGACAUUUUAAAAGAUUUUCCUUCAGGAAAAAAAGAUACAAGAAAAUAUCUCAAAUUAUACUGAUUCUGUACAAUAUGCUUAAAGUAAGAUGUUUUUAUGUCAUGUGGUUCUGUUACAAAUAACAUUUGGUCCAAUCUUCACCAUCUUUUCCAUAUAUAUUAGUUACAAGAAAUGUAUGGUUAUUUUGGAGAGAAUGAGCCCAAAUGUGAAAGAGAUGUAAAGAAAAACACUAUUUUCCCCUAUGAAAUAUACUGUAUAUUUCAAAAGAAGAAACGUUAAAAGACAUUUGAAGAUUGCAGGGGCAAAAAAGAAAACCUACCAGGGCUCAGCACUUAAGCACUUUUCCUACUUCCAGGGUCAGAACAGCAGUGAUUCCUACAUGGACUUUUAAGUGCGGUAUGAAAUGCCACAUCACAGUUCUCUUACACACAGUACUGUCAAACCUCAAAUGUUUUCUUUCUUCAGAUGCUUUUCCUUGUACAUGAUACUAGUAGACACUUUUCUCUUUAUAUUUGCUGAUAGUGAAAGUUAUAUGCAAUAAAAUAUUUGAUGGUUGAAAGCAGUGGUCACCAGCUGGUUUAAAAAAAAACUAUGAAAUGUAAACUGAAGUGUUAUCUCUAUCCUUUUCGCUUUUUUCUGUGUUUCUGAUGUAUUGAAUGAUUCUCGUAAAUAGAAAACUAAUUUAGAAAAAUUUAAAAACUAGUACUCUUUCUCCUUAUAAAUGUAUAAAAUUUUAAUCUCUUUACAAAUUUAUUUGUACCUGCUGUACUUAUUGUAGAUUCAAUGAUGCAGUUAAGAAGUAACCCAAGGAUUUAUAAGUUUGGGAUUACUUACCUAGUUUCUUCAUAUUCAGUUCACAUCAAUAUUUGUGAAUUGGUUGUUUAGCUUUUCAUUCAGCCAAAAAAUAUUCCUUCAAGAAAGCUCCAUUUUUAUCAUUAAUAUUUCAACAUAACCAACAUUGGAAUGAUUCUGCCAUGUUAAAAAGAAUUUAAAGACUUAUCUCUGAAAGUGGUACCUAGAAAUACAGUUGUUUCCAGUAAUGUAGCUUCAAAAAUAAAAUGUCCUAUUUAUCUGACAUGAAAUUCAGAACUUUUGGAAGGGUAUAUUUAUGACAAAAAAAUAAAUAAAUAAAUCUGUGCUGUAAAGAAGACCUACCAAAAUAAAGCAAAUGGCACAGAAGAUAAACACAAUUACUGAAUCUACUGAUUCAUUAACAUUUUCAAAAUACAAAAUGCAUAUUGUAAUAUUAGGUACAUGACACUUGCAUGUUGAUAUGCCUAUAUACUUACAAAGUAUUCAAUGUGUACUUAGUGGCACUUAAAAUAUGUCAUGUACAACAACUCUUAUAAACAUUCUUACAGGGUUCCCAUUUGCACUUCAUAUUUCAAUAGAGUUGUCAGAAAAAAACACUGAUACAUACAGAAAAAUAAAAUUUGAAUUUUAGUUAUCUGUUGGACAUUACUGAAUUGUCUACUCAUUUAGUUCAUUUUUCUUAGGCUUGAAAACAGACAUUGAAAGAUGGAACUUUCUUUUCUCCCACUGAUAGGUUAUAAAAGAUGUUAUAAACAUAUUCCUUUAUACCAAACAUUAUUUUGCGUAUCAUUUUUCAACUGAAUGCAUUAUUAUCCAUUCAUUUUAGAUUUUCUCAAUGAUGCCCAUUUUCCUUGUAAAUUUUUAUGUGAAAGUUUUAAAAAUUAAACAGUAGUAAAAUAAAUGUUAUCUUAUUUGUACAACAUUUAAUUGUUACUCCUUGUAAUUUAUGAACCUUGUAAUAUGAUGACUAAGGGUAAAAAAAAAAAUGUUGCUUGAGAUAAGGAAAUUUGCUUGAGAUUGCCACAAUUUCAAAACUCUGUAAAGGUAAUUUUACAUUCACUUCUGUGUGUUUACUAAUGUUGACUAGGAACAGAAGCAAAAAUACCUAAACUUUUUUUUUUAAUUUUCACACUAACCAGUAUUAUAUAUUUCAACUACCUAAGAUAAUGCAAUUAAUAAUAUAUCCAUCCUAAGCUUAUGCCAAUAAGAAUUUGAGAUAAGCUUUUAAAUUUAUGGAGGAUUUUCUUUGUGUCUCUGGAAGUUCACUUACCAUAAGGUAUUUUAUAGUCUACUUUAAAUAACAGAUUUUGUUAUACAGGGUAAGCCAAAGGCUGUACAAGAAUUAGUGUCAUUGGGUCUGAUAUUUGUGUUAGACCAUGAAAUAUUCCAUUAAAAUGUAUCUGUAAAUACAAGACAAGA